CGUGACGUCAUCACGCCCCCAGCCCCGCGGGAUGUGGAAGGCGGGUUCGUGGGAUCUCGCGAGAGUUCGUUUGAAAGAUGGCGGACGAGGUGGACCAGCAACAGACAACCAAUACCGUAGAGGAGCCGCUGGAUCUCAUCAGGCUCAGUCUAGAUGAGCGAAUCUACGUGAAAAUGAGGAACGAUCGAGAGCUCAGAGGGAGAUUACAUGCUUAUGAUCAACACUUAAAUAUGAUUUUGGGUGAUGUGGAAGAGACUGUAACAACAAUAGAGAUUGAUGAAGAAACGUAUGAAGAAAUUUAUAAAUCUACCAAGAGGAAUAUUCCGAUGCUCUUUGUCAGAGGUGAUGGCGUCGUGCUUGUAGCUCCUCCGUUGAGGGUUGGCUGAAACUGCAGAGGAUUUACCAUGUUGGACAGAUUCAGGCAUUGGGAGAAUGGUUCCUGUUCAGUUCACACUUCCCUUCCAAACUGUUUAUAUUUUUAUAGGAUAUUAUCAUUUUGUGGUUUUGGUUUUUUUGUUGUUGUUUUUUGGGGGGGGGGGGUGGGAAGGGGGGAAAGGGACCUAUUUUUUGUUUGUUUUUUUUUUUACUAGUGAAAAUGGUACAAAUUACUUUUACUUAUUCCAUAGUACAUUUGAAAACCAUAACUCAAAUCAGUGUUCACAGUCUUGGCUAUGGCAGUGUCUUGAUUUUUUUUUUUUUUUUUUUUUAACUAAUAAAUAUGAUUUAUCUUUUGGA